AAAAGAGAGAGAAAAAAGAAAAACUUCGGCUAUGGAUACGGAACCACAAAAACGACAACAAGCAAGUGGAGUUACAAAACGACAAUCGAUGGAAGUAUUAGACCGUCGUUUGACGACGAACCUUGAUACCUUACCGGAGAGUUGCGUCAGUCUCAUACUAUCCCUCACUACACCCAAAGACGCCAGCCGAUCCUCCGCCGUCUCCACCUGGCUCCACUCCGCCGCCCAAUCCGACGUCGUUUGGGAACACUUCCUUCCCUCCGAUUACGCCGACAUCAUUUUGAGGUCAACUUCGGCCUUGAUCUUCUCCUCCAAGAAGGACCUCUUCCUCCGCCUAAGUCUCUCCCCUGUUCUCCUCGACGACGGCAAUAACAGUAUUGUACUGAAUAGACUCACCGGGAACAAGAGUUGCAUGAUUGGACCUAGAAAAUUGGCCAUAGCUUGGGCUGGAAGUCGGCGUUACUGGAAUUGGAUUCCUCUUUCUCACUCCAGAUUCGGUGAAGUGAUUCAUCUCCGGAACGUGUGCUGGCUUGACAUAAGCGGGAAAAUCGAGAAGAAAAUGCUAUCCCCAAACACGAACUACGCGGCUUACUUGGUGUACAACAUAGCGUUUGGCUUCCAGGGACUGGAAUUCGUGCGAGUUUCGAUGAGAUUCCUUGGGCCGGAAGGAGUCCUGGUCGACGAGAAUCCGGAAUUCGAUGUGAAUUUGGGAUCAAUGAAUGAAGAUGAAGGUGACCGAGGAAGGCUGAAGCAAGGAGAGGAUGGGUGGUUGGAGCUGAAGGUGGGAGAGUUCUUCAAUGGCGAAGAAGACGAUAAUGGAGGUUCUGUGGAGACGUGUCUGAAGGAGACGAGAGUACUCAACUGGAAAUCUGGUCUUGUGGUUCUAGGCAUUGAUUUUCGCCCCAAUCCAGAUUAAUUUUUUUUUUUUUUUUUAAAUGUUUUGUAUAAAAUGCAAAACUUAUAGUGUGUAUUUAUAUAUGGAGUGGAUUUUUUUAUUAUUUUAUAUAUUGUAUACAUUUGAAGUAAUUUUGUACUGGUCAUUAUUAUAUGAGAAGUUUUAUGUGUAUUAAAUUCCUUCUCUUUAUUUGUAUAUUAACAAAAGUGUAAUGAUAGAACAAUAGUACUUUUAGCUUAACUUAGAUUUUAGUAUGGAAAAUUUCACACUCUAGGAAAGUGCAGAGUAAUUAAAAAAAAAAAAUGGCUGCAUUACUCUUUUUUUUAUACUUUGUAAAAUUUAAGAUCUGAAAGUUGAUUUUGUAUCAGUUAAGUCUCUAAUUUUUUCAGAUUAUAUCA